AUGAUGCACUCACUCCACCAUGUCUCCACUUUCCUGGCACUGGCCAGUUGUGUUUCUGGAGCACCAUCAAGUGGCUCUCGACUUCGCAAGCGAGAGGCUUUGCCAAAUUAUGCCACCAAAUAUGCACCCCUGUCCUAUCUUUACAGCGGGGAGGCAUGGUGGCCGUCUGAUAUUACAGUCCACCUCGAGAAUGUCGAGCCGGAAGUCGAUUUCACCGCAACUGGAGCCAAUGAUUCGGUCACUCUCAAUACACUCGAUAGCCUCGCUUCCGACGUGUAUCUUACUGCUUCGGAUGGCCCAAUCUUAGAUCCACUUGAUGGGACUCCAGCCUGGCUCUCUUCGGACUACGGCAAGCCAGAUGACGACAACUACAGCGCUGCUCCUGGAUUAAUUAUUGCUGCCGAGAAGAACAGCACCACAACCGAUGUCUUCUACUUCUACUUCUACUCGUACAACUAUGGUGGAGAGGUGUUGGAUAUCAAUUUCGAUGACCACGUUGGUGACUGGGAGCAUGUCAUGAUUCGAUUCGUUAACGAGGAGCCAUACGCAAUCUACUGCUCCGAACAUAGUGCUGGUUCGGCCUACUACUGGGAUGUGGUGGACUUCUCAGGAGAUCGGCCUCUUACUUACAUCGCAUAUGGUGGGCAUGCAAACUACGUGACAGCAGGAACCCAGGAUUACACCAUCGCUCUUGGUAUCAUCUCCGAUAAGACAGAUGCCGGUUAUCUCUGGGACAUGACGCUCAACUACCGGGGUUAUUGGUACGAUGUGGACUCAGAAGAGUUUACUGUUGCCGGUGGAGUGGGAACCGGCGCAACCGAGGAGGAUGACGAGACAGCGGACUGGCUGAGCUGGUUGGGCUACUGGGGUGAUGAGGAAUACCCAGACGGUCUUCUCGAUGAUCUUGAGACCGGACAGUACUGCAUCUCAUCUGAAUGCCACUACUCUAGUGGGCCGACCGGACCUUACGAUAAGAACCUGGGCCGAACAACUAUGUGCGAGGAUGAUGAUGAUUGCACUAUCUUUGAUAGCAUUGAUGAUUUGACUACGCAGUCAUAG